CAUGGUCCUCCUCAGCGCGCUCUGGGUUUCGCCUCGGACAAACUGUGGCGGAGCGCUGGAUCACCAAAAGUUCGCCGGAUCGGUUUAGUGGUUCGGCUCGGGGCAGGAGUGAUUCGGUGUUUGUUUUUUGUCGGGGGAUUGAGGUUUUGUCUUUUUUAGUUUUUAAUUUUUUUGCAGUUUAACCAUGGAGAUUCUUAGAGGUCUCCUUGCGUUGCUGUGCGUUUUUCUGGCCGGAGCGCAAACGCAGAUCCAAAGAAACAGACUGGCGGAUUGCCCUGUUGACCUUUUCUUUGUACUCGAUACAUCGGAGAGUGUCGCCCUCAGACAGAAACCUCCCAACUUUUAUAUUGACCAGAUCAAAGAAUUCACCAAUCGCUUCAUAGAUGAACUCAAGGAUAUGCGUCAACGAUGUGACCGCAUGCUGACAUGGAACUCAGGAGCACUGCACUACAGUGACGAAAUCAUCCUUGUGCGAGAGCUGAGUGACAUGAGCACUGAACGCCAGGCCCUGAAGAAUGACAUCAAUACCAUCAAAUACAUCGGCAAGGGCACAUAUACUGACUGUGCCAUCAAGAGGGGGCUUGCUGAGCUGCUCAUUGGGGGUUCCCACUACCAUGAGAACAAGUACAUCGUGGUAGUGACUGAUGGCCAUCCCAUCACUGGUUACAAAGAGCCAUGUGGAGGCGUGCAGGAGGCUGCUAAUGAAGCCAAGCAACAUGGAGUCAAAGUUUUUGCUGUUGCCAUCUCACCUGACCAGGAGGAUACCAGGCUGUCACUCAUUGCCACAGAUCAGAGCUACAGGCAGAACUUCACUGCUGCAGAUGACUCCAGAUCAACCAAGAUGGGAACCAUUAGGACCAUCAUUGAUAUGAUUACAAAUGAGACAAAGGACACAUGUUGCUCUUUCGACUGCAAUGCUAAAGGAGGGCCUAAAGGACCAGACGGAGACAUUGGCGCAAAGGGAGAAACAGGCAGACCAGGGAUGCCAGGAGAGAAAGGAGAUGUUGGUGCCAUGGGCAACAUUGGAGAUCCUGGUCCUGUUGGUUACAGUGGAAUGAAGGGAGACCGUGGUGGCAGAGGAGAAAAGGGUGAAAGAGGACACAAAGGCUACAAGGGAGACAAAGGUCAUAGGGGAAAUGAUGGAAUUGAUGGGCGCAAGGGUGAACCUGGUUUCCCUGGCCUUGCCGGCUGUAAAGGAUCUCCUGGAUCAGACGGCCAACAGGGAGAGCCUGGACCAAAGGGAGACUCAGGUCCUUAUGGACAAAAAGGAGCAAAAGGAGAUCCUGGAAGAGAUGGCGAACCAGGAAGGCCUGGAAACUAUGGCCCACUGGGACCUAAGGGUGAUGAAGGUCCUCGCGGAGCCGAUGGGGACAAAGGAGAGCGCGGUGAUGAUGGCCCACCAGGACCAGAUGGAACCCGCGGGGACAACGGACCAAACGGAGAGAAGGGGGAGCAAGGCUCCCGUGGAAACAGAGGUCCGAGAGGAGAAGCGGGGGAGCCAGGACCCCGUGGAGAGCAGGGGAGGGAGGGCUCAGCUGGCCCUAAUGGAGACCCUGGUGAGCCUGGCAGAGUCGGGCCUCCUGGCUACAGAGGAGAUGAAGGCCCACCUGGACCAGAAGGACCCAAAGGACCGAGAGGAAUCAAAGGAGCUCCGGGAGACAGAGGCCAGAUGGGGGAAAGGGGAGAAGAAGGUGUCCCAGGAAAUGGCACCGUAGGUUGUCCAGGUUUUCAGGGUUAUCCUGGGCCCCGUGGAGACUCUGGGGAGCCUGGUAGCAAGGGAACCCCUGGACCCAAAGGAGAUGACGGCGAUCCUGGAGAUCCAGGCCCCGAUAACAACAAACCAGGGCCUCCAGGGCCUAAAGGGGCCAAAGGUCACAGAGGACCUGAGGGCAAACCGGGACCUCCUGGGCCUCCUGGACCACCAGGAAGUGAUGAGUGUGAAAUUCUGGAUAUCAUCAUGAAGCUUUGUUCUUGUUGUGAGUGUAAGUGUGCAAAUCUGGACCUGGCGUUCAUUGUGGACAGCUCAGAGAGUAUCGGUGACCGAAACUUUGAACUUGCCAAAGACUUUAUCAUCACAGUCAUAGACAGACUGGCCAAAGACCAGCAAGUAAAGUUUGCAGCAAAUGAGUCCAAGGUGAGCGUAGUCCAGUACAGUGGAUCGCGAGCUCAAGAAGCUGUCCAACUGGGCAAUAGAAUUGGGGGCCUCACCGAAUUUAAACAGGCAGUGAGAGACUUGCAAUGGUUGGCAGAGGCCACGUACACAGGCGAAGCCCUUGAAUACGCUCUGAACAACACCAUCAACCAGAUGACGCAAGAGAAUCGAGUCGUUCUCGUUCUCACCGAUGGACGUUCUGAUACUCUCAGGGACACGGUUCCCCUCAACGUCCUCUGUGGUAAAGACAUCGUGGUGGGUGGUGUAGGAGUGAAGGACUACUCAGGCACUCCACCCAACCAUGAGCAGGUUAUGGAAAUGGUUUGUGAGAGUGACCCCAAACCAGGCUUUUCCUUUGUCCUGGACAACUAUGCCGAGCUGCUAGAUGACACUUUCCUGCAGAACCUCACAACCAGAAUCUGCCAAGAAAAGAAAUGCCCAGACUACAAAUGUUCCAUCUCUUUCUCUGAUAGUGCUGAUAUACUGAUGAUGAUGGAUAGUUCUGCCAGUGUGGGCCACAAGAACUUUGAGACAAGCAAGGCUUUCGUCCGCAAGUUGGCCGAGCGUUUCCUGACUGCCAGGAAGAAGAGGGAUACCACUGUGAGAGUGGGUCUGGGCCAGUACAGCAGAAGCGCCCGCAUGGAACAGGCGCUGACUACCAAUUUGACCCUGCUGAGUUAUCACGCUGAAGAAGCGGUCUUCCAGAAUGACGGCACCAACCUGGUAGAGGCCUUGGAUUUUUCCGUCAGGAAUUUACGCGGCCGUGGGGAUGCAUCAGGAGGCAUUAAGAAGCUGGUGAUGUUCUCCGACGGCAGGUCUCAAACCGUCACAGAGGCUUUGCUGCAGAAGCGGGUCCGUGAGGUGGCGGAAGCCGGGGUUGAGCUCUUUGUCAUUGCUGUUGGCAACCAAGUCAAUGAAGUCAACUUGCGCACACUGGUGAGCAGGGGUCGGCAGGACGACAUCACCUAUGCCCAGCGCCACCUGUUCCGUGUCCCAGACUACCCCUCUCUGCUCCGCGGGGUCUUCUACCAAACCGUCUCCCGCAGGGUGUCCAUGCCCUGAGUGCAGGGCACAGAUCAACAGGACCAACACACUUUAGAUUUGUAGUCCCAUUAUGAAUAUUCAGUCUCACUCAUUUACCAUACACUGUGUUUGAAUACUUCAACAGAAAAAAAGAAAUGUCAGAAAACGACUGAUGAUUGUGUAGCAGACAAAUGGAAAUGUAUUCAUGAAAUUCUCAGGGAACUUUUUUACCCUGGGUUUAUCCUCCAAGGCAGACCGUCUCAAGCUGUGUAUAAUUUCCACCUCCUAUGCUUAGACCAUAACCCAAGAAAUGGUGCUCACCUAAAGCUUUUUAGGGUUUUAGAGUGUGUUGGGACAGCACACAACUGGAAGGAAUUACUGCCUGGAAGGCAAGGAUCAGGGUAAAAAAGUCCCACAUAAAGGGGUUGUUUUGGUCCUGGAGAGGCAUCAGUAAUGGCCGCAACUAAACCUAUUCCUAAGAUUUAAAUACUUUGGGCUGAUUUGUACUCGGAUUCUCUGCAUCCCUGCAGCAUACCAGUGUAGGUUGAAAACAGCUCAUCAAGGCUACAGUCUCCUGUCUCUCCAGGACCGGAUCUCCGGCCAUUUGAAAGAUUUGUGUUAAGGGUUUAAUGUGGACUAAUUUUUGUGGCUCUUACCACUCAAGUGUUGUCGGAUGUGUGGAGUCACAAUCUUACAUAAAAGGAACAUAAGUGAACCAACCGCAGCAACGUACAAAUUCUUUGGCGGGUGCUUGCUGAAUGAUUGUUAACCUGGCCGGCUUAUGAUUACCCAGUCAACUUUAUUUUAGGUUUUAUCCCUAUAAAGCAUAUUGAAAAGGUCAGUAUGAAAAGUUAUGACAUAUUUCCAACUUGGUGAAAACUCACACCCGACAUCACUUGAAAGCUGUUAGGUAACCAAACUGACAGGGAAAACAGAACAUGACAAUAUUAAACAAACCAAUCAGCACCUCACCUGGUAUUAAUGAGGAACAGCUGGACUCAACAUGUGUGAUUCAAUCUUUGUGUGUAUCUGUAUGUGUGAGCACCUCUGUGUGUGUAUAUCAAUUACAUACACGUGUGUGUGAAGGUUUUUUUUUUAGUAGAGUAGCCUUGGGCGAUCCAUAAAUGUGUUAUAUUCCAUAAACAGUUGUUCUAAGGUCACUGCUUCAAAUGACAGAACCCUGUUCCCUUUUUGAUGUGCAGCAGAGAGGCAUCCGUCAAACACACACAUGUACACACAUACAUACCUCCGUACUUCAUCAGUGAGGUAAGAAGAGAAACCUCCCUUCCCCACACACACACUUUUAGUUCCCCUCACCUGUAAGCUCCACACCUGCAGUUCUGUUGUCUUCAGUGGCCCAGAGUCACCGUACUGUUGUUGUUACUGUGGUGCUAUUAUCAGUCUCAGUGUAACAGCCUCUAACCAUGUUGUUAAAGAAGAUAUUUUUACAAAAUCUCAGCAGUGUUGUAAGAGCUCCUUCAAUAAAGGUUGCUACACCAAA